GGCGUCCAGCAUAUGAUGCGAUGGUUUGGGUCCGGCAAUUCAUUGUGUGCGGCUGGGAGGCACAUCGGCUGCAAUUGACGCAUGCUAGCGCGAUCUUUCUCGCAUUUACAACCUCGGACGCCAUCCAAAAGCACCGUUUAGACGCAGCAACCGGCAACGCUUUCUCUUGGUCUGACUAUCGCAUGCAGCUACUGUGUAGAGCUUGCACCCGGCUUCCGCACACCGUGUCUCGUCUUAAGGCUUUAGGCCAGCGCGCAACUAACUCGUCACGUCCGCGAUGGUUACGACCGCGAACACAGCGCGUCUUGAGCCGCCAUUGCACGCGAUAACGCGAACCAGGAAACUUUUGCCUCCAGCCCAAUUCGUUUGUUCCGCUCCGUUCCAUGCUUUGUCUCGUCCGACUGCACACCGAGUCUAUCGACGCUUAAGUCGUGGACUCUGUGGGCCUCAUGCUGCGGCUACCGUAUCAGCGUUGCUAGCAAAUUUGCUCAAGACUUUUCAUCGCGAUCUUUCAG